GUCUCCUUCUCAUCUCCUGACGCAGAGCCAUCUGCCCAUAACCCUCAUUAUCCCUGACAAUUCUGUGCAUACGGUAUAGCGGCUGAGAGACUUAGUCGGGUCUAGGCGAACCCACCUUGUAGAUCUGGGGUCCAUUCUAGGCAGGUAACGGUAUUGUACCUGAAAGCUUAUUGUGUAAAGUCGGUAACUUACCCCUGCUAUUACAGCGGGCACGCGGGUAGAUACAACGGAGUAGAAAUCAUAUAAAAUGAUCUCGGAUCCUACAAAAUUUUCUUCAUUCAGUUCCUUCAGCCCUAUCACCUCGCAUAUCUAAUUCGACAAAGAUAAGAAAUCACUAGACAAUCUCACCUAAUCAAUUAAUCUUAUCACGGAACAACAUCUUCGAAUUAAUAUCAAAAUGCUCUCCCAAACCGUCGUCGCCCUCUUCCUUGCCUCCACGGCCGCGGCUACCUACAGCCCGCAGGCUCUGAAAGGUCUUCGCGACCUACGUCAGGAGCAUGUCAUCGUCGAGGUGCGCCAGGUCGAAAGCGACAGCAGCAGCAACAGCGCCGACGCAACCAUCACAGACGUCGCGGCCGCCACUUCAUGCUGGGCAUCGCUAGAAGGGCUGCUAACGGACGCGCCUACGCCCGCAAGCGACUUGAACUCAUACUUCGACGAAUUCAUGUCGACCGCAGACACCAACAACCCGUCCAUCUUAUGCCAGGCUACUACCUCCCUCCCGCAAUCGCUCUCCGCCGAGUACAGCUCCUUCGACCAGCAGGCUAGCAGCUGGUUCAGCAAGCACACUAGCGACCUUCAGGCUAUCGCGUCUAAGUGUGCUGGUGGCAAUAGCGAUGCUGUUAUCUCGUCGCUCCAGGCUUACGCUGGCCAGGGCUGCGGUGGCUCGACUUCUUCUGGACUUGGUGCUCAUCCCACUGGUAUGGUUAUCGGUGCUGUUGCCGCUGCCGGUGUCUGGGGUGUCGCGGCUGCGCUAUGAUUGGAACUUCGAGGUGGUUGGGGAUUGUUAUGGCUGGAAUUAAUAGAUUGGUGGAUUUGCGCGUGUUGGCGCGUUUUGGAAAGGAAAAUAAUUCUAAAAAGUUAUGUAAUUAAAUAAUACCCAAUUUGCUACCUACAGCAGUGGUAGUCUU